AUGGAACCAUUAUUACCAAACACAAAACCAAACAUGUUAGAACAACAUGAGAAUCUUCUUUCAACUCAUCUGAAUGCUAGAAUCAAAGGAUCAGGAACAGAAACUAUUGUUUUUGCUCAUGGUUUUGGAACAGACCAAUCAAUAUGGGACAAAGUCACACCUAAUUUUAGUGAAAAAUCCUACAAACUUGUCUUGUUUGAUUGGCCUUUUUCUGGUUGUGUUAAAGAUGAAAAUCUUUAUGACCCUUUGAAGUAUUGUUCAUUAGAUGCUUUUGCAGAUGAUUUGAUAAGUUUGUUGGAUGAAAUGGAGCUUCAAGAUGUUACCUUUGUUGGUCAUUCUAUGUCUGGUAUGAUUGGUUGCUUAGCUUCCAUUAAAAGACCUCUACUUUUCAAGAGGAUUGUUCUUCUUUGUGCUUCCCCAAGAUAUAUAAAUACAGAUGAUUAUGAGGGAGGAUUUGCAAGGUCAGAUAUUGAGAAUUUAUUAGAGAACAUAGAAUCAAACUAUGAAAACUGGAUUUCUGCUUUCUCCUUAAAUGUAGUGGAUCCAAGUGAUGAAGCAUCAGUGAACAAAUUCAGAGAGUCAUUAAAAAGAGUGAAAAAUGAAGUUUCAUUGUCCUUAGCCAAGACAGUGUUUUGCAGUGACUAUAGAGAUAUACUUGAGAAAGUUGAAACUCCAUGCACAAUAAUUCAAACCUCUAGUGACAUGGCUGUUCCAUAUAGUGUAGCACUUUAUAUGGAGAAGAAUAUUAAAGGGAAAGUUACAUUGGAGGAAAUUGACACUAUUGGACAUUUUCCUCAAUUAACUGCUCCCCUUCAACUAGUUGGUGUUCUUAAGGGUGUUUUAGGGUUUGAGCUUAUCUAG